UUGACAACUGGAAGAAAAAUAAUAAGUCCCGGAUUUGGCUACCCUGCUAAAGUUUAAAAGCGGUAAUAGGUAAUUUUAUCAAGAAUACAGCAUCAGUUUUCAUGGCUAUUUUAGAAAAUGUGUUGGUUCAUGUCACAAGAUGUCCACAAGAACUGAUGAUGUCAACACUGGGGCCUCCGUGACCACCUCGUCCUGCACAGUGUGUGGCUGCAACACUAUACUGUAAUGCAGCCAAGCGCAGCCAUCGUCGUUAUGGCUGGAUUCUGAUGGUUGUGAUGGCAGACGGCCCCGCGACCACCUGACUCUACAGCCAUGCGUCACGCCGCCAUGUUGUUCCUGGGUGGCCUCUUCAUCCUACUGUUGGCCGCCACCUCCUGCAGGGCACAGGUAGGGCUGAGGACGGCCCCGCUCACAGCACCCAGGGCCCGGGACAACACCGGCAAUAACAGCACCAGCUUAGGACUCUCUUCAAAAUGGUCGAGGAUAGACAUGCGUCACAAGAGCAACAACACCAGUAGCAUCGAGAGCUCCUUGGCCGCCAUCUUCCGAGGAGUGGCAUAUGGGGUGUCCACCAGCCAGCCUUCCUCCACCACCACCUCCACCACAACUCAGCGUCCUCCACGACCUACUGCUGGGUACAGGGUACCCCAAGACUUGCCUCCCAGGGACGACUAUGGAUAUAGGGCGUCGGGACCACCCGUUUGGUCGUCACAGCCCGGGCUGGAGCCCGAGGUGCAGAAGGCUGUGACGGACCAGCGAGGAGUGGGUAACAGGCCAGUCCAGACGCCGUAUGUGGAGGCACCCAUUAACCAUGAUCAGAUGAUGGAUGUGCCCUUGGACCGGCCUCAGGAAGUGGAGGUGGUGCGGGCAGACGUGGGUGUGGGUCUCAGUAAGGUGGCGUGGGUGCGCGCCCUAGGAACGGCGUGGGUGGUACAUGUAUACUGUGCUGCAGGGCUGUACAGCCUACUGGCCCUGCUGGCACUGUUCUGGCUGGCACGGGUACAUGCAGCGGCGCACCUCCUGCCACGCGGCUACUAUAUUACACUGCACCUCCUCAUGUUCUUGGCUGCAUUCCUCCGCUGUGUACAUCUCUUCCAUGAUCCUUAUGGAGCAGAACGUCGGUUGCCCGUAGCUCUCUCAGCUGUCGUGGAAGAGACAGGGUGGCCGUGUUUAACAGCGGCACUAGCAGUGGUCGUCCUGGCUAUAGUGCGAGCAUGGCGGUGCCCGCGUCUCCUGCCCAGGAAGCCCCAUGCUCCCUUGGCUCUAGCUCUCCUCACUGCCGCCCAUCUCUUUGCAUCAGUUGCCGCCCACUUAACUUCAGCGUUGUUGCCUGAGCAUGCUGGCCCACUGCGGGCUGCCGCAAGGGCGGUCACAGCAGCUUGGGGCGGUGCUGUAGGAAUCGGAGGCUUCCUCUCUGUAUGGCGAGUUGGCCGGGCAGCUGGACGUCACCCCGGGCUGCUGCUGGUGAGGCUGAGCCGUUCACCCCUGGAGGGUACACUACCACCCCGCCAUCCCCGCCUGGCUUUGUUACGAGGCUCCCAUCUCACUCUGGUGGCUUCCUUCCUCCAGGUGGUGCUGGCCGGUCUUCACAUGUACGCUCUUGUGGGGCCUCACUACAUCUUCGAGCUACCGCCUGCAUAUCCCUGGCACUGGCUGGCCUACCAAAGCACCUGUCGCUUGUUAGAGGUGCUUAUGUGGAUGUUGCUGGGAGUGGCCUCUGCGUUCACUGUGGGAGGGACAUCAGGAAAACGCCAGAACCACAAGGGCGAGAAGCGACUGUUAUCAGUGUUUUCUUGUAAGCGGUGUGGCAGUUGUUCCAGCAUUGCAGCCCAGGAGAAGGUGGACGAAGUUUUCCCUGCCGUGUGCCAGACUAACCAGGCUGUCAGAAACUUCACCCUACAGUCAUGUGGGAAGGGUGUUUAUCAGGAGGCACUGACGCAAGAGCCUCUUGCCCGACGAGCCAACACUGUGCGUGUCACUCACAAGCGGCCGUCAAUACGAAAGUCGGCUACCCUUCACUCAGCCACCUCCGACAUUCACCUUCUGUGGAAUCACGGUAACACGCUCAGUGCCCUUCCCCCUGACGCCUCAUCUAGACCCUCGUCGAUGUUAUUCAACGAUGCAGGUUUUGUCAGGUUCAGGAUGCAGGUGGACCCUCAGCAAGGUAUGGAUGAAGUCCUUCGUAAGUCACUCCAAAACUUGGAGAUUCAAGCUGAGGCGGUCGACUCUAAACUCUUACAGCCGGUCAACAAGGACGAGCCACCCUCUUACGACCAGAGCUUAUACUCCAAUGCGCCCCAGCCAGGAGACAAGUCCCCCCCUGCAAAAUCUAAGACCUCCCCGAGGUAUGAGGAUCCAUAUGACAGCGGGCAGUUUGAACACUUGCUACAGAACCGCAUCAAUUCUGAGCUGUACUGCGGGUUAGGCGAGGGUAGACACUGCAGGAGUGAGGCGGCCAGCGUCACCGACUACAGUUCCACGGACGCACUAUCUCCAGUGGUCACGGCCGACAACGACUGGUCCAAGUAUGCCAGCACCUGCUCUUCCAUCAGCGCUGCUAACAGCUUUGACGUCCGCAUGUAUGAUGACUUUGAGGUUGCUUCCUAUUAUCACUCACCAUCCUCCGCUUCUUCGCAUGUAUAUGCUUCUUUGCAUCGACCGAAAGCUCGUGCACGCUUGUCUCGUCAGCGAGCUGUGUACGGCGAAGGUGAACCUGCCGUGCACGGGUAUGAGGGCAGGCAGGCGGUGGAACAGCUGACAGCACUCCUGGCUCCCCGCACCUCAUCUACCUCUCCUCAGUCUGAUAUUCAUGUCGACUAUUUGACUGACGGCUCCCACGACCGUCACACUCGAGGUUCUGACUCUGACCUCUGUUCCACCGGGAGUCGCCAAAAUCGCCACAGUCGACAAAACGGUGACAAUGAACGACCAUCUCCUGGGGGUUGGAGGCAACCACACUCUCGCCGUAUCAACCUCCACGACAUCACCCCGGACUCGGCUGUGGUGGUAGACUAUGCCGGCCACACCGACGAGGCUUCAGGUGAUGAUGGAGAGCUGGCGUUGAUGCACCGUCUGGGCCAGCCUCAGCCUCCCAGGUCCGGUCUCCUCACCAAGAUAGUUAAGAACAACUUCUCCCUUAACAGCAGCAGCGGCUACACUCCUCUUGGUAGUGAAGACGUGUACAACUUGCCUCUACACCACCAACAAGUACUGCUCAAGCAGGCACAACUGCAGGGCCUUCAACAGCGCAGUGUUCCCGAUGAGAAAUGUGAGAGGAUCAGGCCAUGUGGUCACCGUCCUCGUAGGGCCCCCAGAGAAGACCCAAAACUCACCAGCCCUGUCAGAGCUCUUCCCAACCACCGCAAGCCAUCGCCCAGUGAACAACCACUAAAACAAAAGAAGGUAUCCCCGAACCAGCAGGUACAGCAGGACAGUCUUGACCAAGACUCCGUGGGUGUGACAGACGGCACAACACAGACAGAGCCUCGGGUGUGGCCCGCUGCGUCGCCGUCCUCCUCCCGCCCUGCCUCUUCUCUCGCCUCACACUCCGACCUUCCCUCCGAGUGCGUCGACUCGGAGGACGAUGUCAACUACGUGAAUAAUCACAAGAACACGAACGAUUGUGAAGCCACCCCGGAGCUACCGACUCUGGACACCUGGCCCUCCCCGACCCGUCUUCAGGCAGCCGUGUGACCUCGGGUGAGCCAACAGGCCAAUUAUAGCAUCCGUAGGGUGCGCCCCGUCAGUCGUAGUCGAAGCCGCAGCCUCCCCGUCACAACCGCAGACUAUAAGAUUAUCUUUUCUAAGAAGUUCAUCCCCUGAAUCCCCCCCCCCCUACCCCAGCGGCGUCAUGGAUGGAUGCGCUGUGAAAGCCAAAACUCAGAUACGUUAUUUCCCUUUAAAAGUUUAUAGUGUGUGCUGGACAACUAGCCCAGGUCCAAUAGCUCAGACGUGUUAUUACCUUCAGAGCCAGGUGACGACAGACUGCUCAGUGAUCUUGUGAUAAUGUUGUCAUGUGGUACACUCACAGCUACGUCCCAGGACCAAGUUCAGCGGCUUCCUCUUAAUUAUUUUGUACACAUACAUUUUACUCAUAUGGCGGGGAUGAAAGAGCGCUCUUCUUCCAGGUGUGUUGUCAUAAGCGAGUGUAAACAACCAAAGUGUGUCCACAGUAGAUUGUGUACAGCAACUUUAGUGAGAUAAAGUAGAUAUAAAGCUACGAAUGUUGUGAAUGUGAGAGUGUACAGUAUAACGUGAGCAGUGAUAAGAAAGUGUGUCUCUGACUCUUACACGUGUUGUCUCCUAUGGCAGACGGACACUCACAGUAACCAUAAGGACGCUUCCAGGGGUGAUUGAUGGUAUCAGUCAGUCAGAUACAAACCCUUGAUGUGAUAUUAAAGUCAUACGAAGAGAGUCGGGGCGAGCUAGUGUUGAUGGGCUGCUCCACACACACACACACACACACACACACACACACACAU